AGAAAUUUAGACCAUUUGCCUAAGGUAUAUUUUAAAGCAGAUCCAAUUUAAUACAUUCAAGCUAUUUGUGGAUGCAGUCUACACAUAUUCUACAAGUACUGUUGAAAUCUUAGGGAAGAUAUAUGCAGUAAUUAUGAACUGAACCUCAGCAGUUCUGCGCACACAACCGCACAGUCUGCGUUUCUUCAACGCAGUUUGUGUUGCACAAACGCACCCAGGAGUGACGUCAGUGUUCCGUGGGAUGCCUGAUGUAAACAAGGAAGUACAAGUGAGGAGCGAAUGGAUCGCAGGCACAGAGAGAUUCUUCGGCAGAAGAGAAGAGAACUUGUGUUAACUUUAGACCCUUCAGAUGUUUACGAUGGACUUUUGUCAAGGGGCAUCUUUACUGACGAUAUGAUAGAUGAGAUAAAGAGCUCUGGACCCAGACGUGCUCAAGCCCAGCAGCUGAUGAGGGACCUAGAGACACGAGGAAGUCGGGCUUUCCCAGCCUUCCUGGAGUGCCUUCGAGAAACUGGGUAUCACAACCUGGCUGAACUGCUGGAGAGUGGAGAUUCUGCACCAGGUUCUGUACCUGUUCCUCUCCCUGUGCAGCCUGCUGUAAUCCCCCUCCCUGUCCCAGGGAAUCCUGUAGAUUUUAAAAAGCCAGAAGGAGGUAAUGCUCCUGAGAAGCUUCCACAGAAACCAACCACUCUGCCUAUCGCAUCUCCUGAGGAUGAAACUGAAAUACCUAGAACACCUAGGCGCAGGACUGAUAGCCUACAGAGCUAUAAGAUGGAGGCCAGUCCAUGUGGAGUCUGUUUGAUCAUUAACAACGUGGAAUUUGACGCUGCCUCAGAGCUAAAGAAUCGCAUGGGGUCUGACGUUGACAGUGAAAAAAUGGAGAGGCGAUUCAGAUCUCUCAACUUUCAUGUUAUAGUUAAGAAGAACUUAAAAUGUAAACACAUACGACAUGAGCUGUCCAUGCUAGCUAAAAUGGAUCAUUCUGUGUAUGACUGCUGUGUGGUGGUCAUCUUGUCACAUGGCACUGAGGCCAGUCACAAUCGCUUUCCUGGAGCAGUCCAUGGUGUGGAUGGUCCCUCUGUUCCAGUACAGAUCAUCACUAACUACCUCAAUGGGCAGAACUGUCCUUCUCUGCAGGGCAAGCCCAAACUCUUCUUCAUCCAAGCUUGUGGAGGAGGUGAGAAAGACACAGGCUUUGAGGUAUCUCCGGAUGAGGUACAGCACACGGCGGUAAAGCUUGAUGAGCAGGCGGACGCCAUCCCCACAUCCUCCAGCAGUGACUCACUUAGCUUUUCUGAUGAGCCAGACGCUAGGGCCACCCUCCCCACGCCCAGCGACAUCCUAGUGUCCUACUCAACCUUUCCAGGAUAUGUAUCAUGGAGGGACACAAACACAGGCUCGUGGUAUGUGGAGACUCUGGAUCAGAUACUGGAGAAGAAUGUUGCCACUGAUGACCUUGCCACCAUGUUAAUAAUGGUGAACAAUGAGGUCUCUCAAAUAUCUGCCAAAGGCCUGUAUAAACAAAUGCCUGGAUCUUUCAACUUUCUCCGGAAGCUGUUCUACUUUCAGGUCCCGAAGACAUGAGUGCAAGAUGUAUAAAUCUUGAGCAUCAAGAUUGAGACUGGCUAAUAUUGAUUCCAUUUGAGAGAACAGAAUCAACAUUUAAAAAAAAAAAGUUGAUUAAUUUUUAACGCCAGUUUGCUAGACAUGUCUGUGUGCACUAUAUAACUAUGUAAACAUGUUAAUCAUGCUGUUGGAUUCUAAUCCUGUGGUGACAUUUAUUACUUUGUGUUUUAAGAUUUAGUACUGCAUUUCAUAAUGAAUUUUUUUAAAUGAUCAAAAAAGUUGUCCAAAGAUUCAAAUACACACUUAGAUUAUGAAAACAUAUAUGAAUUGUUCAUGUGUUUUUAACUUUUUUGUUCAUGGGUUUUGAGGGAGUGGUUAAUUUUUCACACACCAGCUCCUCAUCAGCACAAAAAGCUGACAUGGCUAAUCUUUGGCAAAAAAAAGUGAGAGUGCACAUUUCAAAUAACUCUGUAAAUAUGCUUUGUUGAAGUGUUUGCAAAAUGUAGGCCUGGUUACAUUAGAUCAACAAGUGCCAUUACAAUUACAUUAUAUUACUUUACAUUACAUUACAUUACAUUAUCCUCAGGAAGGCUGAUGGUUGUGUCUGAUAAACAAUCUGACUGUUUUUGUCUGAUUAGCUAAAAUACAUAGUUGCAUUUGUCAUAAGUAUGUUUCAUAUUUACAUUUUAUUUAAGUGUAGUUUGUUUUUGAAUUUAUAUAUUUAUUUAGUUUUUAUUUAUACCAUUUUAUUCAUAUUUAAUUUUGUUUGUUUGGACCUGUCAGAUGCUUUAAACAGUUUUUUUUUUUUUUUUUUUUUGCUCAUGCUUCGAUAUUUCUUGUUAUUUUCACACUCAUAGCAGUUUUACACUUUUCAGUGUCAAAGAAACAUGACAGACAUGACAAAGAGACAUUCAAAAUUAGAUUUUGAAUACACUAGAAUGGACAUUUUUUGGGGGCUGGAAAAUUUCACGCAGGAUGUUUGAGACUGAUGUCCUUUAUCAACUUGGGAAGCAAAGUGCUCUUUUUUUAAUUAUAUCAUUGUAUCAGAAGCACUUUUCCUCCCCAGUUGAUGACUGACUUUGGCAAAUGUCGUUCCAAAAUUGUUCAGCCCGUGUAUUUUUGUACACCGGUAAAUAUUUAGAAAGGAAGAAGUACAAAUAUUUUAGACCCAUGUAAGGGUCAUGGCUUCAAAUGCCCCUAUCAUCAAAAGGAGUACCAUAAUUUUUCACAAUUUCCUCUUUCAAUCCUUUCAUACUUCCACAUCUGCAAGGCACUGUUACGUUCUGCUCUGUAUCCAUCAAUAAUUCAUUUUCCUGGUUGCUUAUUUAUAUCUGUCCUUCUCAUAUAAGGCCUGCAGUUGUCCACUAAGGGUGAAACAAUCCAGCCUCUAACUCGAUUUUUAGCCUCCUCUGUUGUCUAUGGAGAAGCUCAUUCUGCCAUGUUGAAGACAGUGUGCCAUGGCAUGAUCAUUUGCUUUCUUUUUCACCUGACCACACUGAAGACAAACCAAUCUGUCUUUUACUGCUUUUGACAACAAGCAUAAUCUUAUGUUAUUCUGCAGUUUAAUUUUAUGUCUGUGACAUUUCAGUCAUGUUUCCAAAGAACUGCCAAUGACAGACUGCUAACUAUUUUCUCACUUCGAUUUCCUUUUUCUGCACCUCACCUACAGAAGAAAUGGUGCAACCUCUAUGCUAUUCAUUGCAUAUGUUUGUUUAUGUACAAUGAAAAAUACAUAUGCCCAUAACAA